AUGGGUGUCUUCUCUCAAAUUGUUGCGCUGGGCGCCUUGUCUACACUGGUUGCCGCCUGGUUGCCCAAAACCAACAAGGAAAUUACGUCAAGUGAUGGCACGAAUCUAUUCACGACCUCUAACGGCAAGAUACGCGGUGUCAAUUUGGGCUCCCAAUUUAUCUUUGAGCCAUGGAUUGGCGAGAGUGCCUGGAAUGACAUGGGCUGCGGUGGUCAAGCCUCGGAAUUCGAUUGCGUGAGCGCGCUUGGCCAGGAUGCUGCCAACGGUGCGUUCCAGAAACACUGGGGUAGCUGGAUCACCCAGGAUGACAUUGCUGAGAUGAUCAGCUAUGGUCUGAACACCAUCCGCGUGCCUGUCGGGUACUGGCUUCGCGAAGACUUGGUCUACUCGGAUAGCGAGCACUUCCCUCAAGGUGGCCUCGACUAUGUCAAGAAGGUCUGCGGCUGGGCCAGUGAUGCUGGCAUGUAUAUCAUCAUGGACCUGCACGGUGCCCCUGGUGCGCAGACACCCAAGAAUGCUUUCACGGGUCAGAUGGCCUCGGAGGCUGGGUUCUAUGUGGAUUAUCAGUACGAGCGUGCGCUGAAGUUCCUCGAAUGGAUGACCGGUCUUGUUCACACUGUCAAUGAGUUUCGCAAUGUCGGCAUGCUUGAGGUCGUCAAUGAGCCUGUUCAGGACAAUGAUAAGGCUACCUCUAUGCGUCAGAAUUACUACCCCAAAGCUUUCGAACGAAUUCGCGCCAACGAGACCAGCGCCGGCAUCAACAAAAACGACUACCUCCACAUUCAGAUGAUGGACAAGCUCUGGGGCUCUGGAGACCCAAAUCAGUACCUCAAUGACCUAUACUAUGCCGCCUAUGACGACCACCGAUAUCUGAAAUGGGAUACUAGCGUGGAUGUCUCCCACGAUAGCUACAUCGGUGAUUCUUGCAACGACAAUCGUGACAGCGACGCACCCACCAUCGUUGGCGAGUGGAGUCUGGCUGUUCCUGAUGAUGUUCAGUCAACCUCCGAUUGGGACCCGAGCUCGAACACGGACUUUUACAAGAAGUGGUUUGCGGCGCAGGUACAUUCGUAUGAGAAGCAGCAGGGUUGGGUUUUUUGGACUUGGAAGUCUCAGUUGAAUGAUUACCGUUGGUCUUAUCAAGAUGCUGUCAAGAGCGGUGUGAUUCCAAAGGACCUGAACUCGCUCGAGAGUGUGUGCUAG